GUUAUACCACGGGCACGACGCAUUGAAUAGAUCAACUCCCCUGUAAUACCCGCCUGGCUAUUGAUGCCGUACUUGAGAAUCAUUUUUCAAAUUUGAAAUUGUUUCACUCAUUUGUAAGAAUAACCCGUAAUACUAAUAAUAUUUUCCUUAUUAAAAUGAAUUAAAGAUUUAUUCUGUUAUGCUUAAUAUAUAAUAUAAGUUUAAGAUCUUAUUAGGUGCGCACUAUCUAGGGAUGUCAAAAAAUUGUGUAAGUACGGCUUUAACGCUGAGCGAUUUAAGAAAGGAACAUGUUCAGAUUGUCAAGGAACCAUUCUACUGCCCCGUUUCAAGUUGCAAGUACAAUGCAAAUUACAGUCCGUUACCGAAAUCGUUUAAGAAUCUAAAACUUCUUAGACAAGUAAGUUAAGCAUCAGUGUUAGGAAAAUUCCUUUUAAAAAUGAGUUUGUUCCUGUUCCCCACUACAGAAAAAUAACUCGUGUUCCUAUAAGCGUUUUUAGUACCUAGUUCAAAAUACUAACUAAUUUUGUUAUAUUCUCUACUUGGAAAUACUGAUAUUAGUGAUACUUAAUUUGCUUUGGAAAUAAAUACUGGGUAAUUUUUUUUUUUAUCAUAAACCAGCAAUUUUCUUAAAGUAUUUAAAAUUAAUUAGAUUUUUAUUGUGUUUUUUUUUUUUUUAAUCACUGGAAUUAUUUUAAAACUAUUUUUACUUUUUACCUCUACUCAAUAUACUCUGAAUAACACUGUAUAUACUUUUGUUUUUGAAAUAGAAACCAACCCCCUGUUAGAACACUGAUUUGAAUAGAAAAAAUUUAUCUAGACAUUUUUGAUAUACAUAACGCUAAUAUCAGAUUUACCUUUUAUGAGAUAACUGUUUAAAAUUAAGACCACAGUAGUAAACCGGAUUAAUAGACCGAAGUAGUAGAAAAGAAAAUUGUCGAUUCAUUAUAAAAAACACUAUACAUGUAGGACCCACUGCUGGUUUUACAAAAUUGUGUAAAAUUUGACUAUUAUUUUAAACAUGAAUCUUAUCAUUAAGUUAAGAUUUGUCCACCAAUACUCCUGAUACGAUUUAAAGGGAAGUAGUGCUGCCUUUUUUUAUAGAUAAAAACGACCACAGGAAUUGGGAUAACUAUUUUUUAUUUUAAUAUAAAUUGGUUUUUACAUUUUGAGAUUAAAAUAUUAAAAACUGAGUUUAAUGCAAGCAAUCUAAAAUCUUUCUUCAACUUAAAAAUAACUCAAAAAUUAAACCAUUUUGUAGAAUGUUAUGAGAAUUAUUAAUAUAAUAGUGUAUGGAUAAUUGAAAUGAAAAUAGGAACUAAGAUUUGCGUACAGUUGACGCCUAAUAGAUUGGCAUGGCGGUGGCGUCCACAUAUAAGGGAAACCAAGAGUUCUUCAUAAUUAGAUGUUAUUACCAAAUAUAAUAACAACCAAUCAUUUUCAUAAUAGAUGUUAAAACUGAUAUUAUGCUAUUAAAUUUAAAAACAGUUCACAAUUACUGAUAAUCACCGUCGCCGCUGUGUAAAUCUAUCUGGUGCUAAUUACUCAUUUUUUUUUCUAUUUCUUGUUACUUUAUUUUAAAAGUAUAUAAUAAUUAACCAUAAACCUUUGGGCUGUGGCAUAAUAAACAUUUUUCUGUAUCAAUUUAUUUAACUGUUGAUUUAUAUAUUUUUAGCACUGUAUUAAAGUGCAUUUAGAUAAAAAACACAAGUGCGAAAAGUGUGAUAAAGGCUUUCCUACGGAAUCCAUAUUAAAAUCGCACAUUGUAACUUGUGGAGUAAAAUAUUCGUGUUAUUGCGGAAUUCAAUACAAAUCUCCAGAAGCAUUCCUUACACAUACAAAAAGAAAACAGCAUAACAUUGGACUUAAAUACACAACUAUAAUGAAGUAUGAUUUUUAUUUCAUAAACUAAGUAUAUAAAUAGUAAUUUUUUUUUUUUUUAAUUUCUUUGUUUUAUAUAGGUUUUUAAAGUCAAGAAAAUUGGUGUCAAACUUGGAAGAUUUACCUGAUUUAACAGGAUUGGAAGAACUAGAAUCUAGUAAAAAAUCUGCAGAGACACAAACUAUUACUGACAUUCAAACAUCUUCAGAUUCAUCUACGCAGACAACAUUUGAAAAUAAAGAUUGCAUGUUAAGACAUAACGAUCCAAAACUAUCUUCUGCAACAUCUAGUCCUAUAAAACGUUUAUGUGCACAAACUCAAACAGAUCCCAUGGGUGGUUCUAUCAAUGUCGAAAAUGAAACUGAUCCAUUGUUUCUAGAUUCAGAAACACAAACAAAUUUUGACUUUUUAGAUAUUUAUACACAAACCGCUGAGUCUGAACGUCUAUUUGGCGAUUUAGAAUUCACCAAUAUUCAAACACAAACUCACUGUAGCUCUUUGUUUAAUGACAGUUCCAUUAACGUGCAUAGUACUGAUGAUUCAAUAGACAAUAACCCAGAUAUCGAAGCAGAUAUCUAUAGCUCUUUGUUUAAUGUUGAUUCCAUUAAUGAGAAUCGUUCUGAUGAUUAAUUAAAUAUUAAAUCAGAUAUUAAAUAUAAUAUUAUUUAAUACAAAUAAUAACUAAUUUUUGUGUUUAGUUCAUGAAAAUCAUAUUGUUUAUAUUAUUUAAUUUUGUCUAUGCAAGUAUGCCGACUGAUCCAUUUGAGUAUCUAUACUUGAUAUUUUAAAAAGUAUUGAAAUUUUUUUUGGUAAUUCAAGAAAUAACCAGCUCUAAAAUCUGAUAUAAAUAUAAUUUUUGUUACUUGUAUUUUUGGGUGUGAAACAAAUAUCUACCUUUUAGUAGUUUCAAAUGGCAACUUAAUAUUAAUGUAACAUUUUAGAAUUCUUUGCUUCUUAAAAUGUCAAUAAAAAAAUUUUUUAAUGUGUGCCUCUUAAAUGGACCACCUUGUAGUCAGAGUAUAAGUAGUAUACAUUAUUUACAUGCAUAUGGUGUUGUGAAAUUGGUUUAAAAUAUAUUGUUCGC